AUGGUUUUCAGGAACAAGAGGAUGGGCUCAUCCGACCCCAAGCCGCCGCUUCCGUCGUUGGUCGUGACGCCAGCUGAUGCUCAUGGCCUCGACGCUGCGCGGUCCAUACCGACUUCGCCGACUACAGAGACUGAACCGCCUCUGUCGCCGGCUGCGGCGAUUACUUCGCCGCUAGUCUCCGACUUGGAACGAUGGGCACCUGCCCCAGAACCAGAGCAGCCGCUGAAGCCUCAGCAUGAACGCACGCAUUCUCGCACAGGCUCCUCUGGUGCACCUCAAAUGCGCUCACGCGGGCCUCUUCCUAGCAUGCCGAGACCUAUCGGACCUCAAGAAGAUGCAAAGAACAAAAUCGCGUCAUAUGAAAGCGAUGUAUUCAAGGCGCAAAAUUGGCGCAGGUGGAUGGGCAUCAAUGCUCUGAAUCGGGCUGCGUCAUCGAGCACCGAGCGCCGUUCGCUCUUUUCAUCAUCCACAUCAUCACAAAAGCAUCAUGGACCUGUGGUCUCGCCGAAUCCAGCCAUGGAUAUCGAUGUCGGCUCAUCAGCGGCACUCGAAACAGUGGCUGUUGUGAACCCGGACUCUGAUUCGUCACGCUCGCCUUCCAUCUCCCAUGCCUAUUCUUCCGCCUCCUCCGUGCCUCCGUCGUCGCUCCAUACACAGGAGCCGUUCAGCAAGAAAACUGCCACCUCCGUUCCAGCCCUCCUAAAGGAUGCCACCCGACCUGUUGAUCCAAAAGAUACUCCGUCUAGAUCCAACUCGCUUCAAGAUUCGGACGCCGUAUUGCAGCACGCUAAGCAAAUUGCAUCAGACGUGCACUCCAAACCAUCUUCCUUGCAGAUUGUACGGCCCACACCUCAAACGAAAGUCGUCAAGCCUCAACCUCAAGUCCCCUCCGCUCUGUUGGACUCUCGGUGGUCUGCUUCUGACACCACAUCGCCCAUGAUGGAUGACGAACGAAGGAAUACGCUCUCAGAUUGGGAUGGUCAAGGCGAUGAAUCGAUGCAAAUUCUCAGCCUAGCGCAUAACAACGUUUUCACUAACAAAGACAUGCACGCACAGAUGCGACAUAUGCGUAAAAUGCCUGCUGAACUACGCGAUGAGAAUACAUCUUCCCGGUCCAGCAAAGCUAACCAGGCUUCGCCGGAAGACUGGCCUCAUUCCACACCAGCUCGCACACCGUCUCCUUUCUCAGCGGCUGGCCUUCCGCGUCUCAGCUCUCUUCUCCGGUCGUCGCAACGAUUGGAUGCUCAAAGCAUCUAUGAAUUACCUGCCUCCAGACGUGGAACGCCCGAUCACAGGCCUUGCACUCCUUCCACCUCACCAGCCUCGGCAUCUCGUCCCCAUGUAUGGAGACGUCGAAAACUUCGGGCAUGGAACAAGACCCUGGCCGAAGAUGAUAUGGAGUCAGACGAUGAAGACCCGCACCACGCGAGACAAGGUGGCGCACGUGUAUAUACAACCCCUGCGGAUCCUGACAACCCUGAAUAUGUGUACGAUAUGUUACAUGAGAAUCAGCGUGGCAUUGUGCUUUUUGGAGUGUCGAAGCGCUUCAGCUCAAAUGUGCUCUCCGCGUUUGAUCCUUCGCCAUGGACGGACGCACAAGGCAUGAAUACAGCGCUUACCACUCUGACCAUGCAGCUGCCAGACCCUACGUGGGAAUGGGUGCAUCCUACUUGGAUGAUUGACAUGACGGGCAACACCGACGAGGACGGAUGGCAAUACAGUGGUAGCUUUACAGGUCUGCAGUUUUGGCGCCGGCCCAUCCAAGUAUCCUCGAAGGCGGGCCCACAGCAAUGGUGGCAGGCAUUUCACAUGUUUGCGCAUUACGUGGAUGCGAAUCGUACAGCACGGCGUGAAUCCAAGGAAGCCACUCGUCCCGAUGAGGGCAUAGAGGCUUUAAUGCGCUCCAUACGCUCUCGCUCGGCUAGAUGGACAGGCAAACCAGGUAUUUGGACCUUUGUUCGCCGACGCCGCUGGGUGCGUCUUCGUCGUCGCGUCGCUCAUGUUCACUUGAAUAAAGGCGCAAGUGUGAUGACGGCAGAUGGUGCCACCGUUAUCUUGCCUGAUCGAAACGAUUCAACAAGCGCUAGCUUCAUUCAAGCUCGCGAGAAGGAAGAAGAGGCACUGGAGCCGGUCAGAAAAGAGAUAGAAGAAGAACGCGCGUCUUCUCUCUCUGAGACAGAGCAGGUCAUUGUGGCUCUUGAGCGUCUAGGGCUCCUUUUGCCGUUUUUCCUUAUCCCACAGCCUCAACUAUCAGAACUGUUUCCAUCCGAUGGACCGCCACUGCACGAGUUGGAUGCCUGGCAGCACCACUUUCGAAUCAUCUUGGAGCAGGAAACUUGCAUUUUUAAUCCUUUCUUUUCACUUGGUUGGAUUCAGCGCUGGCUUGCGCGUGACGACUUGCGCCAUCUCACGCGUCCACUCCGAGCGCAGGAGCGCGAAUAUCAAAAGGCCCAUGCCCAUUACAGAGAGGCUGGUAAAACAGCCGGGUCUGCGACAUUCUUGGCACCGCCUGCCGGGAAAAUGUAUGAUGCUUGUCCGACCCCGCCACCCAACCACCCCACCGACUCUUUCUUGCAGUUUGCUCAUGAGAGCAGCGAUGUGCGUCCCAUGAUCAUCCGCAAAGCCGUCGUCGAACACAACUUCGAGAUGGUUAUCAUCCUUAUGCGGCUGUGUAUGGUCGAUCGCCUACGCGUCUCCUUGUGGCUCGAGUGGCUGCAUUUGUCGCCUGGUCCGAAGAACAUGUUGGAAAACGACAUGUCAGACAGCCCUCUGAAAUUUGUGCAGCAGGAAUGGUACCGUCGAUGUGCGUCUGUGCAUCAGAUUCACCAGCUAGGCAGCACCCCCGCUAUGUUUUCUCCCUUAGUGGAACGCAUCCUGCGUACUCGGAUCUACAACUUUACGCACUCAAUACCGAUUCUGUUGGAUGUUUGGGAUAUUCUCGUCGUACAUUUGGACGAUAUACUUGCGAUGCUCGAUCAUGACAUGUCUCGUCGACAUCUCUUGCAAACAAUCCAGCAUCUUGCUUCAAAGCGAUUUAAUACAUGCGAUCCAGAAGAAUCGCCCAACGCCUGCCCCCAACCAAGCGACCCUCGUUGGUGCCCAGUUGAACCCAACGUCAUGGCCCUACCCCGCAUUCCAAACUUGCCUGCUCCAUAG